AUGACGGAUGGCAAUCAUGUAUCCCCACCAUUCUUCCCACACGCCUUCCUCCUGCAGCUGCAGAUGGCCCUGGGGGAAAAUGCAAUGAUGCCCACUGCACGGUGGUGUCACACACCUGGGUGGCACCUGUCUGAGUGUCUCUUACUGUCUGUCCCUUGCCUGACUCAUUUUUAUAAAAUUGCCACUUCCUGCUGUGCCCGCCUGGAGAACGAUGUGUAUACUUCCCGUGAGGGGCACAGGGACGCAUGUACAAUCUCAGUUCUCGCGACGUUGACGCAGGAGCAUCCUGAGUUCAAAGCUAAGACUGCAAGACUCCAGCUUCUAAACCAGAAGGCUGAAGAUGCCUCCCGUGUGGCCUCUGAGCUCGUGUUGCUCUCGGAUAAUCACGGCAUCAUCAGUUACCAGCAACCACCGGAGCAGCCGCUGUUUGAGCGCUGGCUGCACAUGCCCUGUGGGAUGGCUGCUGGGAGAGAGUCCCAGGAGUGGGUGCUCUUCUAUUCCAUUGACUUUGAAGAAGCAGAGUGGAAUUAUGGGGUGGGGGGACACAAAUGGCAUCCACACCUCCUGCUUCUGACACAGUGGAGGUUAGCGUCUGGAAACCGGUUCUCGCUGAUGUCCUUCAUUGCACCCCCAGACCCAGAUUGGAAGCCGGAUGACUAUUACAGCUACGAGCUUUCCAGCCCAGACGAAGUCCCCAGGGUCAUGCCGACCUCCCCUGAGAACCCUGAUUGGUACUAUGCAGACGAUGAUCCAUGCCAGUCCAACCCCUGCGAGCAUGGUGGGGACUGUCUCAUCAGAGGGGACACCUUCCGUUGUAACUGCCCAGCCCCCUUCUCGGGAAGUCGGUGUCAGAAUGCCCAAAACAAGUGCAAGGACAACCCGUGUCUCCAGGGCGAAUGCCUCAUUACCCAGAAGCCUCCUUACUACCGCUGUGCCUGCAAAUACCCCUACACGGGGCCAAACUGCUCCAAAGUGCUUCCUGCCUGCAGACCAAAUCCCUGCCAGCACGGGGGGAUCUGCUCCCGACACAGGCGGAGGUCCAGGGUUAGCUGUGCCUGUCCGGACCACUACAGGGGGAAAUUUUGUGAAAUAGGUCCGGACGACUGUUAUGUCGGUGACGGCUACUCUUACCGAGGCAAAGUGAGCAGGACAGUCAACCAGAACCCAUGCCUUUACUGGAACUCACACCUCCUCUUGCAGGAGAAUUACAACAUGUUCAUGGAGGACGCUGGGGCCCACGGGAUCGCAGAACACAACUUCUGCAGAAACCCAGAUGGAGACCACAAGCCCUGGUGUUUCGUUAAGGUUAACAGUGAGAAGGUGAAAUGGGAAUACUGUGAUGUCACAGUCUGUGCGGCCCCAGAUACUCCUGACCCAGAGGGAAGCCUUCUGGAGCCCGGGAUAGAGCUGCCAGGGUUCGACUCCUGUGGGAAGACAGAGAUAGCCGAGCACGCGGUCAAGCGUAUCUAUGGGGGCUUUAAGAGCACUGCAGGCAAGCACCCAUGGCAGGUGUCCUUGCAGACCUCACUGCCGCUGACCACCUCCAUGCCCCAAGGCCACUUCUGUGGGGGCGCCCUGAUUCACCCCUGCUGGGUACUCACCGCAGCCCACUGUACUGACAUCAGCACCCGACAUCUAAAGGUCGUGCUAGGGGACCAGGACUUGAAGAAGGCAGAAUCGCAUGAGCAGACCUUCAGGGUGGAAAAGAUACUGAAGUACAGUCGGUACAUUGAAAAAGACGAGAUUCCUCACAACGACAUUGCUUUGCUCAAGUUAAAGCCAGUGGAUGGUCACUGCGCUCUGGAGUCCAAGUAUGUGAAGACCAUAUGUUUGCCCAGUGACUCCUUUCCCUCAGGGACUGAGUGCCACAUCUCCGGCUGGGGUGUAACAGAAACAGGGGAAGGGUCCCGCCAGCUCCUGGAUGCUAAGGUCAAGCUGAUCUCUAACCCUUUGUGCAACUCCCGCCGACUCUAUGACCACACAAUUGAUGACAGUAUGAUCUGUGCAGGAAACCUGCAGAAGCCUGGAUCAGACACCUGCCAGGGUGACUCUGGAGGCCCUCUGACCUGUGAAAAGGAUGGCACUUACUUCGUCUACGGGAUUGUGAGCUGGGGUCAGGAAUGCGGUAAGAAGCCAGGAGUCUACACUCAAGUCACCAAGUUCCUGAACUGGAUCAAAACCACCAUGCACAGGGAAGCCGGCUUCUGAGGCGCUGCCUCCAGAGCCUGGGUGUCCCUCCCUCUUCUUUAGCACAAGACAAGAGGGGCUUCCUGGGCAGCCAGGGAUGCCCCUUCCAUCCCAGAAGACCAUGUAGCGGAAGGACCAUGCUCCGGACAGAGACGGUGCCCCCAGCCUGGGCCUUUCCCGGCACCAUUUCUUGAGGCCCACUCUGCCUGCCUCCCCUUGGGAGCCAAUGAGAAAUACGACAACUUCAGCUCCCCUUCUGACAAGUGCACCUUCUAGAAAAGCAGAAUUCACAGAGACUGUCUUCACCCCGGACAACUGCAAAUGUGAGGUUCCCGCAUGCCCAGCGCCAGCUCCAGGGAUGUCACCUUGACUCUUACUCCUCAGCCCACACCAAAAGCCAGGGUCCUGUGCAGAACUAGCCGACCUCACCCAGCCGCCAGAGAGAGGCCCUGAAACACGAGCUCCAGUGUUUGCUUUCAGAGCUGUUGUUUUAAUAAAGGCCGAUGUGGGGAUGGG